CUCGUACAGACGAGUCAUGCAUGCGUGUUGAUGCGAAAGCAACAUUCAAGACAUAUAUAACGUUUGGAGGAAAAGGUCAUUUUUUGGGGUGUUUGUAUUCAGUAAUCGAAGCCGGCAAAGAUGCUGAAUGAAGAUACAUGCCCUGCGUAAUGCCACAGGGUGUCCAAAGUCUCAUUAAGGAUGAAGAGCGAAAAGGCCGACUCUGCGUAGAAGAUGAGGCCGCAAGACGGCUCUGGACUAUUCGAACCUUGGAACCAGCUAGAGGAGUUCUACUCUAUGACUAGAAUCGACCACUCGACGGUAUCUCCAGGAUUGUGGACCAACGACAACGAGGGCAAAGCAGACCUCCAGGCCACGAUCCCUGAUGCCACAGGACUCAGUUAUAAUAUUUAAACGGCUGCUUGAUGGCGCCCAAUUCCGUCUCCAGCCCUCUCAGGUAUCUCAACCAGCGGACAACCAAAGACUCGACUUCAAAAAUCUUUCCUUACAGUUUCAAGUAUAACACAAAAUCUCGGAUAGCUCCUGCCCAUAAUGAAGCUUUGCAUCGCGCUCACUCUUGCCGCCGGGCUGUUCUUGGCCGAAGCCCCUGCCCUCACCUCGGCCACCUGUUUAGCCGCUCGGGACGCGUCUAGUAACAUCAAAACCCUCCGAAGUGGCUCGCUCGAUCGUCGAUCCUGCUUCGACUUCCUCAAGAAGAAGAAGGAUGAUGAUGACGAUUACGAAAAGAAGAAAGUCUACAUCGUCAAAGAAGAUGAUGAUGACGAGAAGCAUUACAAGAAGAAGAAAAAACACCCGAAGUACGAUGACGAAGAUGAAUAUUAUCCCAAAGACGACAAGAAGUACGAUCACGAAGGAUAUUACGAGAAGGAAGGCUACUAUGGUGAGAAAGGACACUGGGGAGAGCAAUAUCACCGCUUGUCUCGACGGGGCUCCGACGGCUACGGUAAAGGGGCGGGGGAAAACCAGGGCGGAGACAAAUUUGACGGAGGGAAGGGUAGCUCGGACGGACAGGGCUUCGGCGGCGGGAAGGAGAGCUCGGGCGGAGAUGGGUUUGGCGGCGGGAGGGGUGGCUCGGGCGGUGAAAAAUCUGACGGCGGCAAUCUUUAUUAUAACGGCAAAUACCAAUACGACGCCAAGGGCCGAUAUUCGGGCCAACAUCACUCGGAUGAUGGGGGCUUCAAAGAUGGAAAUGAGCCCGAAGAUAUUUAUUAUGACGGCAAAUACCAAUACGAAGGCCAGGGGUCAUACAAGGGGGAAUUUCACUCGAGCGAUGGCAAUGGUGGUGGUUACAAGGCCUGAUCAGUUGUACCCCGAACAUGUUGAUCGAUCUCAUCAUCUCAUUUAUGUUCUCUCAAUCGCCUAGUACUACUUCUUUGCUUUCCCCCCUCUUGUCCAUCGUUAACUACUUGGAGCAAUCCACCUCAUGAGGUAGCCUCUAAUGCUUUCGCUUACAUGCUACUUGGUGUCUGCCGAC